CCUUCCUCUCUUUCUGAAAUCCAUAAAAAUAUAUUUUAAAAAGAAAAAAGAAACUAGCUAAACAUAUAGUUAUUAGAUCUGGCAUAUUGUAUCUUUCUUUUUCUUUUGCGAUUCUAGCUCUUAUAUCCUAUAUUUGGGCCUACAUGCUGUAACUGACUACAUGUGUAUGUUUGGUUCUUUAAUAAUAUCCACAGGCCUUUCUCUGAGUUUUCUUCAAAGGUUGUGCUUUGUUUAUUUACAAAGUAAUUGUUUUUUAGAUUUUGCAACAGAGCCUUUUAAAAAUGAAUAAAAAACAAUUGAAAACUCUACAGCAGCGGAAACUUCCUGAAUGGAUGUCUACGCAGAAUAAAAGAUGUACUGUAGAAGAAAGUAAGGCAUCUAUUCAGAAGAGUGUUUUGGAAGAUGACCUCCCCUUCCUGGAAUUCACUGGAUCCAUUGUGUACAGUUAUGAACCUAGUGAUUGUUCUUUCCUAUCAGAAGAUAUUAGCAUGAGUUUGUCUGAUGGAGAUGCGAUAGGAUUCGACAUGGAAUGGCCACCAAUAUACAGUAAAGGGAAACUGAGCAGAGUUGCACUAAUUCAGCUGUGUGUGUCAGAGAGCAAAUGUUACUUGUUUCAUGUUUCCUCUAUGUCAGUUUUUCCUCAGGGAUUAAAAAUGUUGCUUGAAAAUGAAGCAAUUAAAAAGGUAGGUGUUGGAAUUGAAGGAGAUCAGUGGAAACUUUUACGUGACUUUGACAUCAAAUUGAAGAGCAUUGUGGAACUGACAGAUGUUGCCAAUGAAAAGCUAAAAUGUUUAGAGACCUGGAGCCUCAAUGGUUUGGUUAAACACCUCUUCGGUAAACAGCUUCUGAAAGACAAGUCUAUCCGUUGUAGCAAUUGGAAAAAUUAUCCUCUCACUGAGGACCAGAAACUGUAUGCAGCUACUGAUGCUUAUGCUGGCCUCAUCAUUUAUCAAAAAUUAGAAAUUUUGGGUGAUGCUGUGCAGUUGUUUUCCAUAAAUAAAGAGGAAGAAAUACUACCUACUAAUGUGAAGAAACAAUUGACUUCAAUCUCUGAGGAGAUGAUGGAUCUGGCUAGGCAUCUCCCUGACACUUUUAGAAAACUGGAAAAUCCACAGAGGGUUUCUCUGCUAUUGAAGGAUAUUUCAGAUAAUCUGCAUUCACUGAGGAAGGUGAUAUUUGGCUCUACUGAGACUGAACUGAGGCCCAGCACUAAUUUUAGCUUAGUACCAUUGGAAGAUCCAGCUGCUGGUGGAGUACAACAGAAACAAGAUGAGACAUGGGACACAGCACUUGAUAAUUUAAUUACACAUGAUAGAGAAAAUGUGUUUGGAAAUGAAGUAAAACAAGAAGAUGGACUUGAAGAUGGACUCAAAGACAAUAAGUUGAAAGAGAAUACAGAAGAAGUUUGCUUGAUGUCUUUAGAUAUUACAGAAUAUGAACUCCAACUUUUGGAACAGCAGGCUCAGGAAAAAUAUCUUAGUGAUGUUACUUGCAAAUCUCCUGAGGAUUUAUCUUCCAAGGAUAAUGAAGAAGAUACAUCUUGUAUAAUUGAAAGUGAUGAAGAUUUGGAAAUGGAGAUGCUUAAGUCUUUAGAAAACCUAAAUAGUGGCACAGUAGAUCCAACUCAUUCGGAAUGCACAGAAGUGGAAAGAAAUUUGGAUGUUCCUUCUGAAGAAGACGGAGAUGAGGGUGAAAUUGUUGAAGAGGAAGAUAAUGAAGACCAUUCAAUACCAGGACCGAAUGCAGAGCAAGUUAUUUGCCUCAAGACCUACUUUGGCCAUUCCAGUUUUAAGCCGGUUCAGUGGAAAGUGAUUCAUUCUGUAUUGGAAGAAAGAAGAGAUAAUGUUGUUGUCAUGGCAACUGGACGUGAAUCAUCCUUUCGUCCAGUGUAUCCACACUGUAGACGCUCCCUGCCCGUCAGUCACUUAGUAGCUGUCUCUGUUAUCAGAUCUACUGCCACAGCAAUGCAGUGCUUGUGUUCAGGCUAUGGAAAGAGCUUGUGCUUCCAGUAUCCCCCUGUUUAUGUAGGCGGGAUCGGCAUUGUCAUCUCUCCCCUUAUUUCUCUGAUGGAAGACCAAGUGCUCCAGCUUGAAAUGUCCAACAUUUCAGCUUGUUUUCUGGGAUCAGCACAGUCGCAAAAGGUUCUAAAGGAUAUUAAAUUAGGGAAAUACCGGAUUGUAUACUUGACUCCAGAAUUCUGUUCAGGUAACUUGUACCUACUUCAGCAACUUGAGGCUGAUAUUGGUAUUACACUGAUUGCCGUGGAUGAGGCACACUGUAUUUCUGAGUGGGGACAUGAUUUUAGAGAUUCCUUCAGGAUGUUGGGCUCCUUGAAGGCAGCGUUCCCGUUGGUUCCAGUAGUUGCUCUUACUGCUACUGCAAGUUCCUCCAUCCGGGAAGACAUUGUACGUUGUUUAAACCUGAAGAAUCCGCAGAUUACCUGUACUGGUUUUGAUAGACCAAACUUGUAUUUAGAAGUUGGACGAAAAACAGGAAACAUCCUUCAGGAUCUGAAGCAAUUUCUUGUGCAAAAAACAAGUUCUACCUGGGAAUUUGAAGGUCCUACUAUCAUCUAUUGUCCUUCCAGGAAAAUGACAGAACAAGUGACAGCUGAACUUAGGAAACUGAAGUUAGCCUGUGGAGCAUACCAUGCAGGCAUGACUGUUAGCUUAAGGAAGGAGGUUCAUCAUAAGUUCAUGAGAGAUGAAAUUCAGUGUGUCGUAGCUACCAUAGCUUUUGGAAUGGGCAUUAAUAAAGCUGAUGUUCGCAAAGUCAUUCAUUAUGGUGCGCCUAAGGAAAUGGAAUCCUAUUACCAGGAGAUGGGUAGAGCUGGCCGGGAUGGACUUCAGAGUUCUUGUCACCUACUCUGGGCUCCAGCAGACAUUAACUUAAAUAGGAAGCGACUUAAUGAGUUACAUAAUGAAAAUUUUCGAUUAUACAAAUUAAAGAUGAUGGCAAAGAUGGAAAAAUAUCUUCAUUCCAGCAGAUGUAGGCGACAAAUCAUCUUGUCUCAUUUUGAAGACAAACAACUACGAAAGGCCUCCUUGGGUAUUAUGGGAACUGAAAAAUGUUGUGAUAAUUGCAAGUUCAGAUUGUAUCAUUGCUUUUCCAUUGAUGACUCAGAUGAUAUAUCACAGGACUUUGGUCCACAAGCGUUCCAGCUAUUAUCUGCCAUUAGCAUCUUAGGAGAAAUGUUUGGAGUUUGCCUUCCAAUUUUAUUUCUCCAAGGAUCUGCCACUAUGAGCUGCUGCCUCUUCUGUGAUCAAGAAGCUAUUUGUCAAUUUUGGAAACUGCCAACAGGGCACCUGAGCUCAGACUGCACUGAAGAAGGAGCUGUAAUACCCAGGAAGGCUCUACUUCUCUUGCUGUGGGAACCACCCCAAACCUGCUGUGAUCUGUUUCAACAAAAUGGAUGCUUCUUGAUUCUUAGGAAGCUAGCAGUUAAUUCACAACGUCUUCCAGAUAAAUAUCGCAGUCACAAAUUAUUUGGCAGUGGCAAAGAUCAAACAAGGAGUUGGUGGAGGGCUUUUUCCUUUCACCUCAUGACCGAGGGAUUCUUGGUAGAAGUUCCUGGGCAUAACAGAUUUACAAAGAUUUGCACCCUUACAGAAAAGGGUAGAAAUUGGCUUCAUAAAGCCAACAUGGGAUCUCCUCAGAGACUUGUCCUUCAAGCUAAUGAAGAAUUGUGUCCAAGGAAGUUUCAUCGCAGUUCUAAAACUGUGUCUUCAGGCACUGAACAGCAUUUCUCUUAUCAAGUACCAACUGAAUUAACUGCAGAGAAGAAGUCUAACUUGGAGAAGGUGUAUUCCUGCAAAGCACCUGAUAAAAUUUCUUCUGGGAGUAAUGUUCCUACAGAAAGCAUCAUGGUGCAGUCACCGGGAAAAUCUUACAACUCUUCAGAACCUGUUAUUUCAGCUCAAGACCAGGAGAUGCAGACUAUAUUAUAUGGCAAAUUGCUAGAAGCUAGGCAGAAACAUGCUAAUAAAUUGGAUAUUCCUCCAGCUAUUCUGGCAACAAAUAAGAUACUGGUGGAUAUGGCCAAAAUGAGACCUACCACAGUUGAAAAUGUGACAAAGAUCGAUGGUGUUUCUGAAGGCAAGGCUACUAUGUUGCCCCCUCUGUUGGAAGUCAUCAAACACUUCUGUCAGAUGAAUAGUGUUCAGACGGACCUCUUUUCAAGUACAAAACCUCAAGAAGAACAUGAGAAAAGUGUGGUGGCGAAAGACAAAGAAGCCUCACUUCCUCUGUCCACAGCCAUCACAUAUUCUUUAUUCCAGGAAAAGAAGAUGUCUUUGGAGAGCGUAGCUGAGAACAGGAUCCUGCCUCUCGCAGCAGUUGGCAUACACUUAUCCCAAGCGAUGAAAGCUGGCUACCCAGUCGAUAUGGAGCGAGCAGGCCUGACUCCAGAGGUUCAGAAGAUUAUUACUGAUGUUAUCCGAAACCCUCCCAUCAACUCAGAGUUGAAUAAAAUUAAACUCAUUAGAAUGUUUGUUCCUGAAAACAUUAAUACGUACCUUAUCCAUAUGGCAAUUGAGAUCCUGGAAAAAGAUUGUGACAACAGACUGUCAUGCCAACCUUCAUGUGAUUCCAACAAAAAGAGAUGUUUCCCCAACUCCGAAGCGAGCUGUUCAAGUUCUAAGAGAAGCAAGGGAGAAGUAGGCCCGGAUACCAAGGUUAAGAGUCACAGAAAUUCACUAACUUCUUGGAGUCAACCAUCCAGUAAUCCAGAAGUAGAAGAUUUAUUUACAGAUUCUCACUUACAGACUUCAUCCGCAACCUCGAGGAGAAAAUUGCCGGUUUGGUUUGCUGAAGGAAAUGAGACCUUAGCUGAUACCAGCAAGAAAUCAAUGGCCAAAACAAAACAGAAGGGUCUUUUUAGUUAAAAUGGCAGCUGCCAGAAAAAUUAUGUUUGUCUUGCUGUACCAUAAGAGAGGUGCUAUAUUUUAUUUCUGAAAAGAGUGGGGAGUAAUAUUUGAGUUAAAAAUUACUCUAAUCACUAAUCAGCUGGCAUCUUAAAACAGCCUUGUGCAGUUCCCAUAAAGCUGAGUCUUCUGAGGGAGUACGUUAUAGAAUGCUGACUCUUUAAGAUUGCUUUAAGAAACUUGUAUUGCCCUGUUUUCUAACCUCUAUUUCAACAAUAUAUUUGGAAAAUGUACUGUGUGGUAAUACGGUACAGAUAACAGAGUGGUAGGUGAGCAGUGAUGAUGUGUAUGUGAUGUAAAACAUUGCUAUAUUACCCAGAUUCUGUCUUGUACAUGAAGAAAACAGUGAUUUUACACAUUGUCUUUACUAUCUUUAAACAAUGCUUGUACACGUUGUUAAAUGGUAUUAGUGAACCAGAGCCGUGAAAAUGAAACAUUUUGGUUCCAUGUAAAUAGGAAAAAAGAAGACAACAAAGGAGACCAUUUGCAUUAGAAAAUUGUAUUUUCUACACUAUUUCUAUCAUUUUUUAAAUAAUAAACUUUAAAAAUGUUAUUCAUACUGACUUUUCUAACGAGAUGGGCAGUGUUAAUUUUUUUACAUUAUAUAAUGAUUUUUAUCAACAUUUAGAAGAUUUGCAUAACUCAAUGAACCAAUAUUUUCCAGAUGAUUAAUACACGAUCUUAUAAAAUGACGCAUGGGUAAAUGAUCCAUUUAGAGUUCACAAUGGACCAAAGGAUUUUAACACAGCAGAGUAUGAAAAAAUUCAUUGGUAUAGUUUCAGAUUACACACUGGAUGUAGUUUCAAAGAAUAAUGUCUUCAAUUAUCUGGAAAUAUUAUUAAAAUACUCCUCCCUUAUUAUUUUUAUUGUUUGAGUUUUAUACAGUUUAAAGCGUCUAGCAAGAAGCCAUCAGUUUCUUUUAAAAAAUUUUUACUAAAUUUAUUGGGGCGACACUGGUCAGUAACAUUACAUAGGUUUCAAAUAUACAAUUCUAUAAUUCAUCAUCUGUACAUUGCAUUGCAUU